AUGCGUCACAUCCUGGUUACCGCUGUGCGCGUCCUGGUAACGGCGGUGCUUGAGCGGCGUGGAGCGGGGCAAUGGCUUUGUGAGCGCCCUGGAGCGGCAGGAAGGAUUUGUGCUGUUCUGUUGAGUAACCCGAGUUUAACUCUCGUUUUCCCCCUGCGGUGUGUGGAGUUGGUGUUAGCGUUAGGGGACCUUCACAUCCCACACCGGUGCUCCGGUCUACCUGCGGAGUUCAAGAAGCUGCUGGUUCCAGGAAAGAUUCAGCACAUCUUGUGUACAGGGAACCUCUGCACCAAGGAGACCUAUGACUACCUCCGGACCCUGGCUUCGGACGUCCACGUUGUUAGGGGGGAUGCUGACAGCCUGAAUUAUCCUGAAGAGAAGGUUGUAACUGUUGGGCAGUUCAGAAUCGGGCUGAUUCACGGCCAUCAAGUUAUUCCCUGGGGCAAUGUGGCCAGCCUGGCCCUGCUGCAGAGGCAGCUGGAUGUGGACAUUCUCAUCUCUGGACAUACACACAGAUUUGAAGCAGUUGAACAUGAAAACAAAUUUUACAUCAACCCAGGAUCAGCUACAGGAGCCUACAAUGCUUUGGAAACGAACAUCAUCCCUUCAUUUGUGUUGAUGGAUAUCCAGGCUUCCACAGUUGUGGCUUAUGUAUACCAGCUAAUUGAGGAUGAUGUGAAAGUAGAAAGAAUUGAGUUCAAGAAGUACUGAAUCAUGUCCGACUUGCUUGUUGACUUCUCACCCGCUUUCAUUCUCUUCCCGGUUAAGCCUAGCUGGAGGCAGGCCACCGGGGGGUGCUGCUGCCGCGCAAUAGAGUGGCCACAGCGCUUCAUUGUGAGCUUGUAAAAGAAAAAACCCUGAAACACCACAGUCAGUCUUGGUUCCCAAGCAGCAGAAACAGAAGAGAGAGCACUGUGGAGAAUCUCCUCUGUCUAUGGAGAAGCUGCUAUGCUCCUAAAUAAGGGAAUUGUGGGGGGUGGUGGUAGUUUGGCGUUGAACCCCUCCUGUAAAAUGUAUAGAAUAAUAAACACCAGUAUUCAUGUGUC